AUGUACCCAAAUAUUGGAAAUGUGAUUGAGGAUUUCGUUCAGCAAGGAAAUGAUGGUCGUAAUGUAUUGGUACUGAAUAGGGAUGAUGCAGCUGGUUUUCGACUUGAUACGUUAACAACAAGCAAGCAGUAUUCUGCUCCUACAGUUUCUGGUCAAGAUGUCCUUACUACUCAUACGGAUUAUGUUAAUAAAUAUCCAUCAAGAGGAAAUACUGCACUUAUUGAAGCAGCAAGAGAAGGAAACUGUGAUGUUGUAGAAUUACUGCUAAAGAAAAGAGCUGAUCCUUCAGAUUUAAACAAUCGAGGAGAUACUGCUUUAGUUUUAGCUGCAGAAGAAGGACAUGAUGAUAUUGUACAGUUAUUAAGUGAAGAAGCUGAUCCAAAUACUUCAGUUAAUAAUAAGAAGUUAUAUGAAGCUGCUAAAAGAGGUGAUUCUACUGGUGUCCAGUCUGCACUGUCUCAAGGAGCUAAUGUAAACUAUCAGAAUCCUAAAGAGAGAGGAGAUACUGCUCUUAUUGAAGCAGCAAGAAAAGGAAACUGUGAUGUUGUAGAAUUACUGCUGAAGAAAAGAGCUGAUCCUUCAGAUUUAAACAAUAGAGGAGAUACUGCUCUUAUUGUAGCAGCAAGAGAAGGAAACUGGGAUGUUGUAGAAUUACUGCUGAAGAAAGGAGCUGAUCCUUCAAAAUCAAACUUUACAGGACAUACUGCUCUUAUUGAAGCAGCAAAGGAAGGACAUUAUGACAUUGUACAUUUACUGUUAAAGAAUGGAGCUGAUCGAAACACUGCAAAAAAUAAUAAGGAGUUAUAUGAAGCUGCUAAAAGAGGUGAUUCUACUGGUGUCCAGUCUGCACUGUCUCAAGGAGCUAAUGUAAACUAUCAAAAUCCCGAAGAGUUUGGAGCUACUUCUCUUCAUGUUGCUGCAGGAGGAGGAUAUCAUGAUGUGGUACAAAUUUUAUUGUCUGCAAGAGCUAAAACUUACCUUAGAGAUACAGAUGGAGAUACUGCUCUUAUUAAAGCAGCAAGAAAAGGAAACUGUGAUGUUGUAGAAUUGCUGCUGAAGAAAGGAGUUCGUCUUUUACCUUUGAACAAUAACUCAACUCAGAGCUCUACACUUCCCAGUACCUCAGCUGGAAUAAAUCAGACUAGUAAAGACACAACCUCUGUUGAUGAUGUAGCUGUUAUCACUGAGAAGCUAGAGGAGUUACAGAGUUACCUACCACAGAUGUCUAAAAUGAUAGACAAAAUGAAAGCAAGUGGUCCAUCCAAUCAACUGAACAAAUUGAGCAAUUUGUACAAAGUAAUACUAACCAAGACUACAAGCAUUAGCAUGAGCACAUUAGAAAAAAGUCAUGUUGUUUUGAAGAGAAUGUUUCCAGAAGACUCAUCUAAUACUAAUAGCAUUAAAGACAAGGCAUCUACAAAUGCUACAUUUGCAGAAAUCGAUCAAAUAUAUCUUCAAGAAGCAAUGGAAGAUGGCCUUGUUGAGUCUUUUGUCACCAAAGCUGUAGUACAAGGAGAAGCUCGAGUAGGCAAGAGUUCGGUGAAAUCACUACUUGUUUCUGAGCCUUACACUGAUAAUACCAGCACUAACUGUAUUGAACCACCAUGUGUAGCUGUUAAGUGCUAUGGACAGACUGGAAAAUACUGGGAACGAAUCGAUGAAGAGGAAAUGGGAAUAAAAGUAAUUGCUGCAGUUCAGUUAGGUGCUAUGAAAAAAUCAGAGUCUCAAUCUCAUUCUGAGGAAAUGGAUCUUGAUAGUAAAAGCAUAUCCAAUACUAGGAAGCAACAAAGUCUUCAUGGUCGGCGUUGGCUCUAUUUCAUUGACUCUGGAGGCCAAAUUCAAUUUCAAAAGUUACUCCCAGCAUUCAUGCCAUAUGCUUCAGUUUUACUUCUAGUAGUUAAUUUAUCUAAGAAUCUUAGUGAUCCAUCCUGUACAGCAAUGCAGCUUUCUGAGAGAGAAAUUAGUGUUGGUCAGCAUUCACUCUCAGUUAUUGAGAUUUUGAAGCAUCUGCUCUCUGCAAUAGCCUCCAGUGCCCAGCGAUAUCGCUCGUUGAUUGCUGAUGAUCCUGUUCUUUCAAAGUGUAUCACACCUCCUUCAGAUAAAUUGAAAGUGCUGCCUGUUGCUACUCACCAUGAUGAAUAUAAAGAAGCACUAAAGAAUGGUAAAGAGUCGAUUGUUAAUAAAAAGAUAACAAUAAAUGAAAUCUUUUGUCAUCAUGAGACUUGUGAGAUAGUGGGACGUGAAGGUAAAAUAUAUCUGUAUGAGGUUGAUGGUCGUAAAGCUCGUAAUAAAGUCUUUGAGAAUCUACAGCCAGAUUCAGACUUAUAUAAGAUAGCUCAAGCAUUGGAAGAUAAUGCAUAUCAAAUCAAAGUUCCAUUGAAGUGGUAUUGCUUUGGUGUCCUUCUCCAUGAUGUUGCUAAGGAAGGUUGUGGUGUUUUAAGUUUAUCUUUUUGUCAAAAGCUUGGCCAACAAUUAAAAGUUAAUUUGUCACCUGAAGAAUCAUUAAGUGCUAUUAAAUUUCUCAGUUUUCUCAAUAAAUUACUCUUUUAUCCUGAUUCACCUGCUGGAGAUCUUGUUUUUGUUAAUAUAGAGAGCCUUAUUAACAUUCUUAGAGAUUUACUAAUUUUUAUCUGUGACACUCAUUCUGAAGCAAAACUUCUACUUCCUGAUCAAAAAGCACUCGUGUGCAAAGGUCAUCUCUCCAUUGAAAUCCUUAAAAAGGCCUCAAAAAGUUCUAAUAAAAUAUGCGAGGCAUUUUCUGAUUUUGAUGCAAAGUUACUUGGUCUUUUUGAAUAUCUUCUGAUUGCUACAAAGUUACCCGAGAAAGAAUCUUUCUUCAUGCCAGCUCUUCUACCAAUAAAAGAUGUAUCUGACAUCAACCCCUACCCUAACACAACACCUCUUUUGUUGUAUUUUGAAAAUGCUAUUCCAAUGGGUCUCUUUUGUGCAGUCAUUGUUCACCUUCUCUCUGAUAAGGAGGCUCCGUGGAAGUUUGUUGAAGAGUCAAACUUUUCAAACUAUUUUACUUUACGAUGUCCAGACCUUCUUGAAAGUAUCAUUAUUCUUGUGGAACAAGUUGACUGUAUUGCACUUUAUUGUGAAGCAACUGAUGAUUAUAUUCCAGCAAGGGAUGCUGUGGAAAAAGCAGUUGAUGUAGCAAUGUCUAAGCAUAAACUUAGUACAUGUGAGAAGCCAAAAAGAGCAUUUUACUGUCCCUGUGGUAAAGGAAGGCAUGUAGCUGUAGUAUCAUGGCUUAAAACACAACAUCGUUAUGUUUUUCGCUGCACUAUUGACUGCAAACCCAAAGAAAUGUCUUACUGCUUGAAUUGGAUAGAUCAGAUAAAUAAAGGAAAACGACAGCAUGAUGAGCUAAACAAUUUACCUGAUGUUCUGGAGACAAAUUUUGCAUAUCAGGUUCUUGUGGAAAGCACAGAGGAGAUCAAGGAAUAUUUUUCUGAUGAUUUUUCCAAAAUUGCAAGCAAGCUGCUUCAGAUGAAUCUGAUCAAUGAAACAGAGAGGAGCGCUAUAACUGAUAGAAAUACUGGGUGGAAUAAGUAUCAGCGAAUGGAAGAAUUAAUGGAACGUGUUGAAGUUGCAGUUAAAAUUAAUAAGGAGCCUACAUUUUUAUUGUUCUUAAAUAUCUUAAAUGAGAAAGGUACUCAACCUGCUCAGGAAUUUGCUCGAAAACUCAUGGAAAGAUAUAAAGAUAAAUUCUCUGAUGCUCAUUUGGAUCCAUUGUCAAAAAGAGUCAAACAGUAUGAAAAUUAGAUGUUUUAA